AUGGGUCAAACACCUGAGCAUCACGGACAUGGACAUGGGAAGAUGCACAUACCAGAUUACAAGAUAUGGAAAAUAGAGGGUACACCCCUGGAAAAAGUACAGGCCAGACUCGCAGAAAAAGGGCUUGAAGGAUCCAUGGUUAAGGAAUGAAGCCUGGAGAUACUCGGGAGCUUUUGCUAAACCUGUCACCUUAAGACAAGUUAUCUUCAAAGGUUUUAAAUGGGGCUUUGCUGCCUUUGUUGUGGCACUGGGAGUGGAGUACACCUUUUUUCCACCUAAGAAAAAUGGUGGACACCAUUAA